AUGUAUAAGCUUCUCAGUGAACAACUUGAGGGAGAAGUCAAGAACCUCCGAGCCGAGUUGGAUGUGGCCCAGAAAGAACACGCCGAUCUAUUGGAACAGGUAAAAAUCUUUGAAGUUAGUGAUGAUGAGCUAGACACAGUGUCUAACGGUUUGAAUCCAAAGGUCCAGAAGAAGAUUGAUCGGGUCGACCAGCUCCAGGCUGAGAUGGAUGAAGUCAAAGCUAUGGCUGAGGAGUGGAAUGGCAAGAUGGACCGAUUGGCUUCGGAAAAGGAGACUGCCCGAGAGCAGCUGGCCUCGGCGGAGGCCCAACUUCGAUCGGUGAAGGAGAAAGCUGAGACCCGAUCUCGAAAAAUUGAAGACCUCCAGUCUCAACUGGGCCCGGCCGUUGCCGCACGGGAUACCUUUGCUAGGGAGCUUGAAGCAGCCAAGUCAGUGGCAGAAAUAACUAGGGUCGACACUAAAGAAAUGGUGGACCAGUACAAAGCAGAUGCUGAGGUAGCUCAGGAACACCUAAAUACAAUUGUCAAAUAUGUGAAGUGGCAGUCCCGAAGGAAGGCUCUCGAGGAGGUUCAUGCUUGGGGAUCCGAUUUAUCAGCUGAGCUCGAAUACCCCGAGGAUGAGGAAGAUUCUGAAUGUUCAGGCGAAUCCGAGGACAGGGAAAACCCCGAUGGACCCGAAGCGAGGAAAUUGUCGCAGAAGCAACUGGAAAGAGAGAUGGACAGAGGCUGGCUUGAACUCGCAGAAACGGACAUUUCUGCGCAAUCGCAGAAGCGCAAAGCUCGUAGAAGCGUGAAUAGUGCUCGCAGAAGUAUGAACAGCACUUGCAGAAGUGUGAACAAUGCCCGCAGAAGCGUGAACAGUGCCCCGCAGAUGGUGAGGACACGCACUACCGGGUCAGCUGAGCAGGCACCACGCAUACUGCUAGGGCCUCAAGAGGCCGGGGCCGAGUUAGAGGAUGAGUUAGAGGCCGAGGAAGGGCACGUGUCACAAUUAGAACAUCGGUUAGAGAGGUUGGGGGAGGAGUUCAUACUCCUACCGCUCGUAUUCCAGAGCAGCGAGUUCACAUUGAAAGCUGCUGGAAUUUCUGGGCAGCAGCUGAUGCUUUCGCUUCUGCGGAUGUUUCAUCGCAGAAGCGACCUCGCAGAAGCCAGAAAAUUGUCCCAAGAGCAACUGGAAAGGGAGCUGGACAGAGGAUGGCUUGAACUCGCAGAUACGGAUAUUUCUGCGCACCUGCGUAAUCGCAAAAGCGCAAGUAAGAACGCAGAAGCGAAGCUGGCAGCUUGCUGGUUUUUUUCGAAGAAGCGUGAACAAUGCUGGCAGAAGCGUGAACAGUGCCCGCAGAUGCAAAACUGGGCAGCAACAUAA